GGAGCUUGCGCAAUAUUGUUUUCCACGGCCCUAGCUACUGGCAGUGUCUGUUAGGUGUUUGUUGUGUCACAUUAAGGGGGCGAAAGAUAAAAUUAACGAGGUUAUAACCCCGAGCCUGUCGCAUGAGGUUACUCUGUGAGCCCCUCCCUGCCAUGAGAGCAGACCGCCAGGUCACCAGCCCCCCCUCCUUCUGCAGUUGAUGGAUCUGCAGCUGGUCCAGAGAUGACAGACAGCGUCAGGGCCUUCCUCCACAAUGUUGCGACGGGGAUCAAGGACUCCAUAUUGGGGAUUGGAACAAUCUCCAAGUUGGAUGCCCGCAUCCAGCAGAAAAGGGAGGAGCAACGGAGGAGAAGGGCCAGCGGAGCCCUUGCACAGAGGCGGGCACAGAGUGAGGAACGCAAACCAGACAAUGAGCCAAAAGUAGCGAGCAGGAUUUUUCAGUGCUGUGCCUGGAAUGGGGGAGUGUUCUGGCUCAGUCUGUUUCUCUUCUACCGGGUGUUUAUCCCACUGCUGCAGACUCUCACAGCAAAAAUCAUUGGUGACCCCUCUCUCCAUGGCAGUGUGUGGUCCUGGUUAGAGUUCAUUCUAACCUCCGUCUUCAGCGCUCUCUGGGUUCUCCCUCUGUUCGUCCUCAGCAAAAUUGUCAACGCCAUCUGGUUCCAGGAUAUAGCGGACCUAGCUUUUGAAGUGUCUGGCUGCAAAGCCCAGCCGUUCCCCAGCGUCAGUAAGAUCAUCGCAGACAUGCUUUUUAACCUCCUCCUCCAGGCGCUCUUCCUCAUUCAGGGUAUGAUUGUUAGCCUUUUUCCCAUCGAUGCAAUUGGACAGAUGGUCAGCCUCCUCCACAUGUCCCUGCUCUACUCCCUGUACUGCUUUGAGUAUCGCUGGUUCAACCAUGGCAUUGAGAUGCAUCAACGGCUGUCUAAUAUUGAGAGGAAUUGGCCAUAUUACUUCGGCUUCGGUUUGCCCAUGGCGCUGCUGACCGCCAUGCCAUCGUCGUACAUCAUCAGCGGCUGCUUGUUCUCCAUCCUCUUCCCUCUGUUCAUCAUCAGCGCUAAUGAGGCAAAGACACCAACAAAGCUGUACCACUUCCAGUUACGUCUCUUCUCUCUGGUUGUGCUGAUCAGCAACAAGCUUUUCCACAAGACCGUCCACCUGCAGUCCUCAUUGACGUCGUCUGCCUCAUCAGAGAAGCUGUCCUCGCCCCACACCUCCCCGAACCGCCAGAGACUGCUGCCCGCCCAGUGAUGGAUCCACAUGACGGAUUAAAAGAUGGCCACCAACAAGUGUCUUUGUUACGUGUGAUAAAGUGACUCUUCCAGAAGGAUUUCCCUUAAUGAAGUUAUACGUUGUAGGAUGAAGGGUUUACAUGUUUUCGUCUGAUCUCUGGUCUUUAUUGUUAUUUGUUUGGAGCACCCACCUGACGCAUUUUCAGUGUGACACUAAAAUUGAGUGACCUGUGCCUCACACUAUGAACACAAAUAACAAAGAGUUUUUUUCUUUUUUUUCCUCUGGGAUUUAAUUUCAGUAUAAGUUUUUUGUAUAAUGUGCCAUUUGAGUGACUCUCCUUUUAAUACAUUACAGCACAAGACAUUGUAGAUUUUAACGAUAAAGCAAAGUUAGUUAAAGAAGGAUUGCAUCCGGUAGCAAAGCACAGUUUACCUGCAGCGUGUUCGAGCAGUUCCAGGAACCGACUUGUACAGCUUUAAAGGGAGUUUUAUUCUUUCUUUUUAUUUCUCCUUUUAUUUCAUUCAGAUGCAGCUCACGCUGUUUUAGGUAGUUUAUUUAUCAACAUUUCAGAAGCUGGUACACAAAGGAUUGGUUUCAUUCUGUAACUAAAACCAAAUAACAAUCACUUGCUUGGUGUCUCGUCCCAAAUUAAAAUGGCCCUCCAUGUCGGAUGUUGUAGUUCACAUGGUGACACCAGCAAAAGAAAAGCUGCCCGAGUCGAUGAUGGUGAGAUGACACUGCCAAACUGCUCCAUCUACAUUUUAUUUCACUUUAAAUCACUACAACGCAAAGCCCUGCAACAAAGCGAGAAGUCAUAUAAGUAACGCCUUUACGAACGGGUGAUCAGCCUCAGUUUAUUAAAACUCCUCUUUCCCAGAGAACUUAUUCAAAUUUAAUUGAUCCCCAAAGAUCAUUUGAUGGUUGGUUUUUGUGCUGUACAUAAUGUCAAUACCUCUUAAAUGUUCAUCAAGCUCUCCAGCACCUGGUGAUCCCCCCCAACCUUUUUCUCACCCAUCAGAGCUACUUGCUGUUGAGAGAGCAGUGAGUUUGAAAAGUUGUGCAAUUAUUGUAAGAGGAGGAUGGUGUUUGUGCAGACUGACAUUUGUGAGUGAGGUUUUGUAAAAGUAAUACGUCUAAUUUCAAUAAAAUUGGUCAGUAUUCA